CCGAGUCAGACCAUGCAUUCAGAGUUAGCCAGACUCGAUCGGCUCAAUAUCCAUUCGGAAGAUUCUUAAGAAUAUACCCUCCUCAUUGUCCUCAAUGCCCUCCCUCAUCAUUACCGUCCAUCUUCCAUCGCGCUCUUUUGUUUGGGUCCCAUGAUCCAUACCCUAAUCCUGCAACUCCUUCUCCUCACUAUAUAAUCCAGACAAACAGAAACCCUGCAUGCUUUGCACUUUGCGGCAACACUUCAUCAUCUUUUCCCUCUCAAAACUCAAAAGCAAAAGCAACCCUUAUCCCUUCCUCUUACUUUUUCACACUUUUGGAUUUCCGUUUCAAGAAAUUAUUCUGCUUAAUUUUCGCAAAUUCCACUGUAUUAUUAAUAACCACAACUGCACUCUCUCGAGUCUAUCGGGAAAGUUCAGAAUUUGUAAAAAUGAACUAUUCUUCUCCUCCUUACAUACCAACAAUCUCAAUAUCGGACCAGCAACACCUCCUUGAGAAACUUCAAGUCUUUAAGAUUCAAGGCCGGGACAAACAUGGUCGAAAGGUUCUUCGCAUCGUCGGAAAGUUCUUUCCAGCUCGAAGCGUGAGCAACGAGGCUGUGAACAAGUACUUGGAGGAGAAAAUAUUCCCAAAGUUAGGUGACAAAGCCUUCUUCUCGGUGGUGUACGUUCACACAGAUGUGAAUCGCGGCGACAACUUUCCCGGAAUUUCAACCCUGCGAUCCAUCUACGGGGCAAUUCCGACCGCCGUCAAGGAUCGCCUCCAAGCCGUUUACUUUCUCCACCCAGGAUUGCAGGCCAAGCUCUUCCUUGCCACCUUUGGUCGUCUCCUUUUCACCGGAGGGUUGUACAAGAAGCUAAAGUAUGUGACAAGGCUGGAGUUUCUGUGGGUUCAGGUGCGGAGGAAUGAGGUGGAAGUUCCGGAUUUCGUGUACGAUUACGAUGAGCAGCUGGAGUACCGUCCGAUCAUGGACUAUGGAUUAGAGAGUGAUCACCCCAGAGUCUACGGGCCUUCCUCCUUUGCGUCUUCUACGACAUCGUCCUUGCUGGAUUCGCCUGCUGUGUCCAUGUACUCCAUGCGUUGUAUUGCCUAGCUAGGGUGCACCUGUAUUGGAGGAUACCAGUUUGCUUUAGGUUGUUCACAGUAACUUCAAAUUGUACAAAAAGUUCAAGUUUGAAAGGAACCGGUUUGAUUUCUGUUU